AUGGGUGAACUUAUCAUCGGUGAACUUAUCAAGGGUGAUCUUAUCGUGGGUGAACUUAUCGUGGGUGAACUCAUCGUGGGCGAUCUUAUAAUGGGUGAACUUACUAUGGGUGAACUUAUCUUGGGUGAACUUAAGGUAAGUGUUCUUAUCGUGGGUGAUCUUAUCGUGGGUGAUCUUACCGUGGGUGGACUUAUCGUGGGUGAUUUUAUCGUGAUUGAUCUUUUCGUGGUUGAUUUUAUCGUGGGUGAUCUUAUCGUGGGUGAUCUUACCGUGGGCGGACUUAUCGUGGUUGAGCUUAUCGUGGGUGAUCUUAACGGUUAUCUUAUCGUGGAUACACUUAUCAUGGGUGAUCUUAUAGUGGCUGAACUUAUCGUGGAUGAACGUAUCGUUGGUGAUCUUAUCGUGAUGUUAUCGUGGGUGAAGUUAUCGUGCGGUGAACAUAUCAUGGGAGAACUUAUCGUGGCUGAACUUAUCGUAGUUGAUCUUAUCGUGGGUGAAGUUACAGUGGGUGAACUUAUCGUGGGUGAUCUUAUCGUGGGUGAUCUUUUCAUGGAUGAUCCUAUCGUGGGUGAUCUUAUCGUUGGUGAUCUUAUCGUAGGUGAUUUUAUCAUGGGUUGUUUUAUCGUGGGUGAUCUUAUCGGUUAUCUUAUCAACGGGAAACUUAUCAAUGGUGAUCUUAUCGUGGGUGAUAUUAUCGUGGGUGAUCUUUUCAUGGAUGAUCCUGUGGUGGGUGAUCUUAUCGUGGGUGAUCUUAUCAUGGUGAUCUUCUCGUGGGCGAUUUUAUCCGUGGGUGAUCUUAUCGUGGAUGAACUUACCGUGGGUGGACUUAUCGUGGCUGAUCUUAUCGUGAUUGAUCUUAUCGUGGGUGAAGUUACCGUGGGUGAAGUUACCGUGGGUGAACUUAUCGUGGGUGAUCUUAUCUUGGGUGAUCUUAUCGUGGGGGAUCUUAUCGUGGGUAAACUUAUCUGGCUGAACUUGUCGUGGGUGAACGUAUCGUUGGUGAUCUUAUCAUGGGUGAACUUAUCGUUGUGUGAACUUAUUAUAGUUGAUCUUAUCGUGGGUGAGGGUGAACUUAUCGUGGGUGAACUUAUGGUAGGUGAUCUUAUCUUGGGUGAUCUUAUAGUGGGUCAUCUUAUCGUGGGUGAUAUUAUCGUGGGUGAUCUUAUCAUGGGUGAUCCUAUCGUGAUUGAUCUUAUCGUGGGUGAUCUUAUUGUAGGUGAAGUUACAGUGGGUGAACUUAUCGUGGUUGAUCUUAUCGUGGAUGAGGGUGAACUUAUCGUGGGUGAACUUAUGGUAGGUGAUCUUAUCUUGGUAUAUCUUAUUGUGGGUGAUCUUAUCGUGGUUGAUCUUAUAGUGGCUGAACUUAUCGUUGGUGACCUUAACGUGGCUGAUUUUAUCGUGGGUGAUAUUAUCGUGGGUGAUCUUAUCAUGGGUGAUCCUAUCGUGAUUGAUCUUAUCGUGGGUGAUCUUAUUGUAGGUGAAGUUACAGUGGGUGAACUUAUCGUGGUUGAUCUUAUCGUGGAUGAGGGUGAACUUAUCGUGGGUGAACUUAUGGUAGGUGAUCUUAUCUUGGUAUAUCUUAUUGUGGGUGAUCUUAUCGUGGUUGAUCUUAUAGUGGCUGAACUUAUCGUUGGUGACCUUAACGUGGCUGAUUUUAUCGUGGUUGAUCUUAUCGUGGAUGAGGGUGAACUUAUCGUGGGUGAACUUAUGGUAGGUGAUCUUAUCUUGGUAUAUCUUAUUGUGGGUGAUCUUAUCGUGGGUGAGCUUAUCGUGGGUGAACUUAACGGUUAUCUUAUCGUGGAUACACUUAUCAUGGGUGAUCUUAUAGUGGCUGAACUUAUCGUGGAUGAACGUAUCGUUGGUCAUCUUAUCGUGGGUGAACUUAUCGUUGUGUAA